GGGCCAAUUGAUUUCGGGAUGGCAUUUUCGCAAAAUUUUGGGCUAGAUUUUUCGAAAGGCCAUUUUACUUGAAUUUUGAAGGCUACGGAUCACGGAUUCAGCCGAGGCUAUUCUUCAACGAUGAUUAAGUCCAUUAAACAUGGAUUUGGGCGGAUUUCUUCCGGGUCCAUUUUUGGCAGAUUCCAAAGGGGUACCAUCACAGAUUUCGGGCUAUUUUUUCUGAAAUGUCAUUUUCUUUCGAUUUUGGAGGGUGUCAGAUCACGGAUUCAGCCGGAGGCUAUCCUCCACCGAUAAUGAGGUCUAUUGAUCCUAUUCUCCACCGAUGAUUAAGUCCAUUAAGCACCGAAUUGGGCCAAUUGAUUUCGGGAUGACAUUUUCGUAAAUAUUUGGGCUAGAUUUUUCGAAAGGCCAUUUUCCUUGGAUUUUGAAGGCUACGGAUCACGGAUUCGCCCUGAGGCUAUUCUUCAACGAUGAUUAAGUCCAUUAAACACGGAUUUGUGCGGAUUUCUUCCGGGUCCAUUUUUGGCGGAUUCUAAAGGGGUACCAUCACAGAUUUCGGUCGAUUUUUUCUGAAAUGUCAUUUUCUUUCGAUUUUGGAGGGUACAGAUUACGAAUUCAGCCGGAUGCUAUCCUCUACCGAUAAUAAGGUCUAUUUGAUCCUAUUCUCCACCGAUGAUUAAGUCCAUUAAGCACCAAAUUGAGCCAAUUGAUUUCGGGAUGUCAUUUUGGUAAAUUUCGCUCAAUAUCCCCUUGCCGCUCAUUGCUCUUCGCCGCCGUCCACUCCUUUUCCUUACCCGCUAUCCGUGAGCCCAAAUCACUCUUUCCACACCGACCCCAAUGACGCCCUCUACCAUCGGAAAUCAGACACGUCCCUCCUCCCGGUCACCGCCGAAGUCAUCCUAUAUAGAAAAUGGUCACCGGCUUCUCAGAGUAAUUUUUUUUAAUUAAUGGAUGCAGUUGACCGUUACGGGUCAACAGUGUCAUUAUUUGGUAGGUGGCGGGGGUGUUAAACGUGAUACGCUUAGUGGGCAACAACGACAUUUCAGUAGGCCAACGUACGGAGUUCCAAUAGACAUGAUCACCGCCGGAGGCUGACGCGCUUCGCCGUCUUAUCAUUUUAUCCCUUCUUCGUUCUCUACGGCAUUUGGCCACGCGGCAAAUUCAAUUGUCCCGGCAGAGAGAGCUUUUUGGGUUUUAUUCUGUCCGCGGCGGUAACUGAACCUUCUCCUUCAAUUUUAUCAGCUCCUUUCGUCUGAUUGAAAUGGUUUCAGGGCUAUGUUCUGCAAAAUUGCAACUUUAGGAUGGGGGUAAUGUACUAUCGAUUAUCUAUGUUGUGGGCUUCUUCCAAAAGUAGCAAUGAACGUUUGGGGCCUCAUGAUUCUGUGGCUUAGGGACUGCAUCGAAAUUGUUGAUAGAGUUUCAAUGGAUUUUUCUUCAUGUGUAUUUCUGUUGAUUCUAGCUCGGUCAUUUUGCCACCACACAUUUGAACCAUAGAAGUUUGAGGAGUCAAGUUAAUGAAUCUAUCGACUGUUUCAGGGCUUCUCUGCUCAGCAGCACCAGUAACUCUUAAGAGAACUUGAACUCCGUGCAGACAUAAGAUAAAGUAUCGAUGGCAUCUCAGAACUCUGUCAUGGCCUACAAUGAUCAGGUUCUGGUAGAAGAGAAGUCGUUCACAAGAAUAUUGGUAUUAAAUAGGCCUAAACAGUUGAAUGCCCUCUCGUAUCCAAUGAUUUCUCGGCUUCUAGACCUUUUCGUUGCUUACGAGGCAGAUCCGAAUGUGAAACUUAUUAUCCUUAAGGGAAAUGGAAGAGCGUUUUGUGCGGGAGGUGAUGUGGCUGCCGUUGUUCAUGAUAUUCGCAAAGCUAACUGGAAAUCAGGUGCCCAAUUUUUCACGAAGGAAUUCACCUUGAACUAUGUGAUCGCGACAAACACCAAACCCCAGGUUUCUAUCCUUAAUGGAAUUGUCAUGGGAGGAGGAAAUGGUGUUUCUAUGCAUGGAAGAUUCCGCGUAGCAACUGAAACUUCGGUAUUUGCUAUGCCUGAAACGGCUUUAGGUCUCUUCCCUGAUAUUGGUGCCUCCUAUUUCUUGUCCAGGCUCCCAGGAUUCUUUGGAGAAUACGUUGGGCUUACUGGGGCAAGGUUGGAUGGUGCUGAAAUGCUUGCAUGCGGCCUUGCAACUCAUUUUGUCCCUGCGACGAAAUUGAGUCUACUGGAAGAAGCUCUAUACAAGGUAGAUUCAAGUGAUUCAAACAUCAUUUCUGCAAUUAUUGACUGCUAUUCUCAGCAACCAUACUUGAAAGACCAAAGUGCUUAUAAACGUUUAGAUGUCAUCGAUAGAUGUUUCUCCCGGAAAACAGUUGAAGAUAUCCUGUCUGCGCUUGAAAGGGAAUCCAUGAGUAAGGCAGAUGAUUGGAUUAAAAACACUAUUCAGUCACUGAAGAAGGCUUCUCCAACAAGUCUUAAAAUUUCACUCCGAUCAAUUCGAGAAGGAAGGAUUCAAGGUGUUGGUCAAUGCCUAACUCGUGAGUUUCGAAUGGUCUGUCAUUUUAUGGAAGGAAAGCUAAGCAAGGACUUCUUUGAGGGUUGCAGGGCCAUACUGUUGGACAAGGACAGGAACCCAAAGUGGGAACCUGCUAGAUUGGAGCUCAUCAGUGAGGGGAUGGUUGAGCAGUUCUUCUCAAGAAUGGAUGAUGAAGAAUGGGAUGAUCUAAAGCUUCCUUCUAGGUCCAAUUUCGUUCUGCCCCGGCACGCCAUAGCAAAACUGUGAGCAAGGAUUAGCAAUGGAAUGUUGAGGAAGGGGUAUUUAUUCAAGGAGCUGGAUAUUCAGUUCAAGAAUAUACAUAUUAUUAUUGUAGCCCUACAGGUGGUCAGUAAGUGACAAACUAGACUUCAAUAAGACCAACAAAUGCUCAUAUUAUCCUAGAAAUGUGGUUAUAUAUGAUCAUACGUUUGUUUAUUCUUUGAAUAAGUAUAUUGGAAAGAAAAAAAUACACCCUUUGUCUAGUCAUCUUUAUUGUCACCUGAUGAAAUUUUGGCAGCAAUGAUAGUAAGCAGCAGCGUUGGUUUAAGUCCAUUUCAUCACUAAACAGCUACACAACAACAACAACAACAACAACAACAACAACAAAACAAAGCAAACUUCCUGCUUGCUACUGUACGCAGUCUCCCAUGGCAGGCAGAAGAAUAAUCGGAUUAGCUCAAG